AUGUCCUUGAGAUCAUACACAAAACCUGUGGCCCUGGUGGUCGGGGCAUCCCGGGGCAUGGGCCGACAGAUAGCAAUUAGUUUAGCUGAAGAAGGUUAUACAGUCGUCGUUGCAGCAAAGACAACCUCAGAUCCGGAAAAGCUGGCUUCGUUUCCACCAGAUCCAAAUUCAUCUCAAAGCACCAUCAACACAGUCGUGAAGGAGAUACACUUGCUGGGAGGAACUGCAGUGGCCAUGAAAGUAGAUACCCGUUCGCCAGAGUCAGUAAACGCACUGUUUACCAGGGUGUCGUUUGAGCUCGGCCGUCUCGAUGUUCUGGUUUACAACUCUGGAGCCAUAUGGUGGUCUUCAGUGGCCAAGACGCCGGUCAAGCGAUUCAAGCUCAUGCAGGAAGUCAACAUCGAAGGUUUAUAUGCCAGCAUUCAAGCCUCAUUCCCUCUUUUUGAGAAGGGUAAUUGGAAAGGCCGAGUUGUUGUGGUCUGUCCGCCAAUCUAUAGCCGCUUCUUCAGAGGCAAGGCUGCAUAUGCUGUUGGAAAGGUAGGAAUGAGUGUUCUGGUCAAAGGACUGUCCAUGGAUUGGAUUCGGGAAAGCAAGACUGGUAUGGCAAUCACUGGUAUCUGGCCUGCAGUAGCUAUCGAAAGUGCUGCAACUCAAGGCGCUGUUGCGGCAGAAAUGGAUAGAAGCAGCGAUCUCAGGAAAGCCACUGUGUUCUCGGAUGCCAUCCUAGCCAUACUUGGUUCUCCUACGGCUGAGGUGAAUGGGCUACUGACCACAGAUGAAGACUUCCUCCGAGACUCCAAAGGUGUGACUGAUUUUGGCAAAUACAGUUUCGUACCUGGGUCUACCCCAAGAAGAAUCAUGCCCAAAACUUUUCCAGAUCUGACUGUCGAGGAGCAGGAUGACGAAGGUGUUAGAACGGAUAGUACGAUAUUGCGUGCUCGGCGUCAAUCGAAGCUCUAG